GUUGAAAAUUUGCAUCCUUAGCGAGCGGACGUGACUCGCAGCGGGCGGCAGGACCAGAACGGAUGUCAAAUUGUCGCGGUCUCGAAACUUGUUCGUGGCAAGUCGUGCGAGCCGCCAAUGUCUGGCCAAGCGCUUGUGUUUAGAUGCGAGCUGAGGCGGCCAAGUGGGCCACAAAUAGGUGCAAGGCGUAAGGAAUUGGCAGUUGCGAAGCUAUUUUAAGGAACGAACUGAAGAUUGUGUAGAGCCUCUGUAGAGUCUCUGUGUGUGUGCUGGUGUGUGCGUGUGCGUGUGCGUGUGUGAGUGUCCCUUGCGUCUUGGCUGAGUCAGCGAGUUGGCUAAGCAAGUGCCGAAAUCACUUUCCAAAUUUGUUUGUUUCUCUUGUAUUAAAAUGGAUAUUAGAAUGGGGAACUAAAUGUGCAAAGCAACCAAGAAAAAAAAAAAAAAAAAAAACAAAACAAAACGAAGUAAGGAGCUGCGGCCGCAAUGUCGUAAAAAGGGAUUAUUGUGUAUUAUACGCCGGCACAGAAUAAAAACUUGAAUAUUAUUUUCGAGGCGGCGGCGCAAGCCAUAAAGUGCAACUCAACUGUGAAUAAGCUGCCUCACGUGCUAAGUCCGGCGAAGAAAUGAAACAUUAAAAAUAUCGUUUAUCAAGCUGUGCGUGCAAUGAGUAUGUGUGUAAAGCUGAAAACUUGUUAAACAGUGUCAGUGUGCCGCAAGUUUCGCAAUCUCUUUUGUGAAAAACUUUCCACAUAACUCACGGGAAAAGUAAUGCUCACGCUAGUUUGGCAUAUGGUAGGUGAAUAUAUAUCGAACGAGCUCUUCUUUAACUUCUCUCAAUUGGAGGGUAAUUUGAAAAAUUUGCAUGAUUAAUAGCGAGCAGAUCUAAGGAAAAGUUCAAAAGUUUCAAAUUAUGCUAAUCAGCUGGAGCCAUAUCAAAGAGUCAAGAAGAGAGAAAGAAAAACUAUUUAGAGGCUAAUCGAAAUUUCGAAUCGCAUUUGUAUUGAUUGAUUAGAUGAUUGCUUUAUCAAAUUAUAUAUGUAUAUAAUAUAUAUGUAUAUAUGCCUUGAAUUUGUGCAGUUUGUUUCGAGAAAUAGAAUAAAAAUUGUAACUGUAACUGGCACAAGGUAAAGCAAUAGGAAAAGCAAUGAAAGCGCGUGGCAACAAAAUCAAAGAACAACGCAAGAGACAUAAGUAAAAAAAAAAAAAAAAAUAAACAGAAAAUAAAUAUAUAUAAAGCAAGUUGCAAUCCACUGAAAAGCAACGGAAGGAAGGCAACGAGAGCGUUUCCCGACUCCAGCGAAUUAAUUCAAUAAACCUAUUUAUCUGGGACGGGCGGCUGCAGGGCAGCAGCGGCGUCUGGGAAUAGACGCGCACAUUUCGCAUAAAAUGCGAACAACUUUGACAGCCAACGGGGCGCACUGCAAUCAGAAUCAGAGGCCAGCGCCGUGCCGAACACUUGGAGACAAUGCUCCGCCGCCAAUGGUUCCGCAAACGAGUCCCCAAUGGCGGCAUUCGCCUGGCAGUGAGCGCACAAAAGCAGCUCUAAGUGUCAUCGCAGCAAGCAACUGUGCCAGUGCCAGGAUGGCCAGGACGAGCGGAGGGACGCACAGGACCAGCGCAAGGAAGCCACCAACGGCAAAGAUGACAGUCUUCGACUCGGACGAAUGUGCCGGACAACGGCGCCAAUUUGUACGCACGGCCAAGACGUUGAGUUGGCAACGCAUCUGGCUGACAGCUUGGCUCCCUCUGCUCCUGGCUGCCCUCGACCCGGGGACACACUUUGUCACCUGCAGCUCAGCCUAUGAGCAGCCGAGGAUUGGCACAGUGCCGGAGCUAACGGUAUACCCGAGAUCCACUUUACCAGAUAGCCCAAUGACAACACAAAACGAUCUAAUUACGACAGACCCAAACUCAACAGCAUUACUGACAGCACCGAAACCAACAACAAUAACAGCAGCAACAACAACAACAACAGCAACAACAAGUACAACAAGUACAACUGGCUACUGGAGCACGACCCUGGGAAUGUCAUCAGCAGCUCCAACGAUAACAAGGAAUGCCACUGGGAGGUUGGCAAGAGGAGCUGUAGAUGUAGCUGCUAAGUCCGCACAAAUUGGCCCAACUACGCAGCCCGCAACAGCGGCCGAAAUACAAACAACAACCGAUUCGACAACAGCAACAACAACAACGACGACGACAACGACAAUGUCGACGGCGACGGCGACGGUGAUGGCGCUGUUCAUAUCAACAAUUUAUCCGACAUCAACAACAGAGCGCGCAAUGGCUCCGCCGCCAGCCCUGACGGAAGCGGAAGCCAGCAACUCCAUUGAAACAGCAACGUCACGGCCACCGGAGCAGGAGGAGGUGGCUGCGAAGGCUGAGGCGGAGGCGGAGGUGGAGGAAAAUGCGGUGUUGCAGCAUCCUCAUCCGGCCAACGCUGAUUCACUGACUAAAGGUUUCUCCAUACCCACAUUUUUGCCGCCGUUUCCCGUGUUCGCGGCCGCAGAUUUGCCAGCUUACCGCGCUGCUGCCGCUGCCGCUGCUGCAGCUGAAGCAGAAGCCGCCGCAGCGGCCGCAGCAGCGACAUCCACUCCUGCAGCAGAGACUGUGACACUGUCACCGGCGCAGCAGCGGCAACAAAUGUUUAAUGAGCAGCACUCGUAUCUGGCCUCCCACAACGGGCAACUGCUGCCGGGCCAGCAGCCGCGCCGAAAUCUGACAAUGCCCGUGCUAAACAUCACGGCUCAAAUGGGAAAUCACGCCUACAUGCCAUGUCAGAUCCAUCGCCUAUCCGAGAAGCCCGUCUCAUGGGUGCGCCUAGUAGAUGGUCACAUAAUCAGCGUGGACGAUACCACGUUCAUAGCGGACGAGCGCUUCCAGUCGAUAUAUCAGGAGGACAACGACUACACCUGGUCGCUGCAGAUCAAGUAUGUCUCUCCUAGCGAUGCCGGCUGGUACGAGUGUCAAAUGGCCACCGAGCCCAAGCUGAGCGCCAAGGUCUACCUGGACGUGAUCACGCCCAAGACUGAGCUGAUUGGCGACCAGAGUCGCUUCGUCAAGGCGGGCAGCAAGGUGGCCCUGCACUGCAUCGUGCGCGGCACUCUGGAUCCGCCCAAGUACAUCAUCUGGUUCCGUGGACAGAAGAAGAUCAGCGAGAGCGACGAACGCACCGGCUGGUACACGCAGAUCGAUCGCAACAUAUUCGGCACGGUCGGCGAUAAUCAGAAUACGAUCGGCUCAUUAAUUAUACCGUUUGUGCGCAAAGAGGACUCCGGCAACUAUACGUGCCAGCCAUCGAACAGCGAGUCCGUCUCCGUUGACUUGCACGUGCUCAGCGGUGAAUACUCGGCUUCGGCUAUCAUGUCCGGCGCUGCUGAGCGCAAACAGCGCAGCACGUUUCAAUUGCUGUUGGCGUCGCCGCUGCUGCUGGCGCUGCUGGCGGAGGCGCUGGAGGUCCUCGCCGGACUCGGAGCGCGUCAGGGGACGUGACUUGUGACGUGACUCGCUUAUUGAACAGCCAGGCCGGACUUCAAUUAUUUGUAAGCUUUUGCACACUGUGCAGUUAUGUAAUUUAGGUUAGAGAUUAAUUAAAGAUGUCACUGUAAAUAGGAACGGCAAGAGGGUGCACAGAGGGAACAUAGGGCAAAGGGGGCAGGAGGGUCGGAGGAGACGGUACAACUUUCUAUAAUUAAGUUAAACGUUAGCUCACACCUGCAGCGCGUUCGGCUAUGCCAAUGCGUAUAUGUGUGUGUGUGUGCGCCUUUCUCUGUGUGUUGUAUAAAUCAAAUUAAAAAUAUACGAUUAACGUAAUUAAUUCUAGACCUAAAAAUCAAAUCAAAUGCAGCUCUGAAUCUAAGUAACCAAGAGAGAGAAUGAGAGAGCGAAAGUUGUUUGUCAUUUACAGUUGUGAAGGAGGUCAAUAAUUAGAUUAUUGUCAAACCAGCUAAACUUAAAUUUAAUUAUAAUAAUAUUAAA